UUUUGCCACCUGUUUUUUCGCUCUCCUGUGUGCAGUGUGUGUCGGCGCUCGGCAGAGCGGGACUUUUACCUAACCUUCUUGCUCCUCAACUUUGCGAAUCUUAAUCAUGUCCACCAGCGACUUCUACUUGAGGUAUUACGUCGGCCACAAAGGCAAAUUCGGACACGAGUUCCUGGAGUUUGAGUUCAGGCCCGAUGGCAAACUGCGCUACGCCAACAACAGCAACUACAAGAAUGACGUCAUGAUCAGAAAGGAGGCGUACGUCCACAAAAGCGUGAUGGAGGAGCUGAAGAGGAUCAUCGACGACAGCGAGAUCACCAAAGAGGACGACGCGCUGUGGCCGCCGCCCGACCGCGUGGGAAGACAGGAGCUGGAAAUCGUCAUCGGGGACGAGCACAUUUCUUUCACCACCUCCAAAAUCGGCUCCUUGAUCGACGUCAACCAGUCCAAGGAUCCCGAAGGUUUACGCGUCUUUUACUACCUGGUGCAGGACCUGAAGUGUCUGGUCUUCAGCCUGAUCGGACUUCACUUCAAGAUCAAGCCCAUCUAAAUUCCCGUGGGGAGUUGGCCUUUUUGUACAUUUGCUUGUUUUUGUUCACUUUUUCAAAUAAAACCGUGUUUGCCAA